UCAAACUGUCAUAAUUUCAAUAAUGUAUAUUUCUGCAUUGGACGGUGUAUAUUAAUACUUUCGUUACUUGUUAGAAAAUUAGAUUAGAAAAUAAUAAAAAUAUCGGUGGUAUGUCAGAUGAUGGUUUUGAACGCUUUGAAAUUACGGAUUACGAUUUAGACAAUGAAUUUAAUCCGAAUCGCCCGCGCCGCAAAUUGUCAAAGAAACAACAAAUUUAUGGCAUAUUUGCGGAUGAUAGCGACAACGAUGAUUAUCACCUAAGUCGUGGUCGCCGUAAUAACCGUGGUGGAAACGCAAAGGACUACACUGCACCAGUUAGCUUUGUAGCUGGUGGCGUGCAACAGUCUGGUAAAAAGAAUAAAAAUGUUGAAGAACCGGAAGAUGAUCAAAUAUCUGAUGAUGAGUACGAGCGUCCCACAUUUGGAAAUAAGUCAGGGCAGCUAAUGGGUACUGCUAAUAGCAGUAAUGAGUCGUCGGAUGGUGAAAUCUAUGCGUCGCAAGUGCUAAAGAAAAAUUAUGAACGCAAAUCAACUGGUCGCGUUGGCGCUUGGGAACAACACACUCGCGGUAUUGGUGCAAAGUUACUUUUGCAGAUGGGCUAUGAGCCUGGCAAAGGUUUGGGUAAAGACUUGCAAGGUAUUUCACAACCGGUAGAGGCUUUUGUACGUAAGGGACGUGGUGCUAUUGGUGCUUAUGGUCCAGAAAUGAAAACUAGUGUUAGUGAAAGACCGGAAUCAAUUAAAAAUGAAAAUGUGCGUGAGUCUAAACACAAUAAGCAAAAGAUUAACAAAUGGAAAAAGGGUACGGAUGGAGGACAUCGUAAUCAAAACUAUCACUGCUUUAAAACUGCUGAAGAAAUAAUUGAAAGAGGCAAGAACUCUAAAAACAAUAUGCCGGAUAAGCUAAGUAAACAGUUAGGCAAUGUUCCUGUGAUUGACAUGACUGGUCCCGAAAGACGCGUACUGAGUGGUUAUCAUGCCUUGGCACAUACGCGUGUGAUGGACGAAGAUAUCUAUGAAGUUAAAACUGAUUUGAAAAAUAAAUUAGCCUCACAGGCAUCUAAUGUUUUUGAUAUGCCAGAACUCAAACAUAAUUUGCAAUUAAUUGUUGACUUAUGCGAACAACAAAUUAUAGCAACCCAUACAUCAUUGCGUACAGCAGCGGACAAUGAGUCGUACUACGAGUAUCAGUUAAAAUCGUUAAGAGAGAUUAUGGAACGCGAAUACAAUUACAUAAGCACGUUGGAAAAUGUGUCAAGUCUGGUGUAUGAAUUGGUUAUUGAUGACUCUGAUUUAACCAUAGAACGCACUGAGCAUUUAUUUAUAAAGCUACAACAGGUGUUUGGUACCGAGUAUAAGGAAUUUAAAUUGGCUGAUUUAGCAGCUGGUGUGGUUGGUCCGCUUCUAAAACGGCAUUUGGAUGCGUGGCAACCACUAGAACAACCUACACAAUAUAUCGACCUGAUAAAGAAAUGGAGUACUAUAUUGGAAGUAAAAGACGAAAAUGAAGUCUUGGCUCGAAAUAUUUUUGAUCCUUAUUCUUCCAUUAUAUGGGUUGGUGUUAUACCAAGUUUCCGCGCAUGUGCUGGCAACUGGAAUCCAAAACAAUAUCAACCAAUGGCUGCUUUGUUAGAUGCUUGGGCACCAUUAUUUCCUAGUUGGAUUUUGGACUCGGUUUUAGAGCAGUUAGUACUACCAAGACUCACCCGGUCCAUUCGUGAGUGGGAUCCACUUACUGACACAGUACCCAUACAUAUAUGGAUUUUACCCUGGCAUAAUGUUUUAGGUUUUAGAAUGGAAGAGUCUGUGUAUCCAACAAUUCGUGAGAAAUUAGGAUUUGCUUUACAUGGUUGGAUGCCACAUGACCGUUCGGCACGUGCUAUGCUAUUACCAUGGAAAGGUGUGUUCAAUGUAUCAGAGAUGCAAGAGUUUCUUGUAAAACAUAUUGUGCCUAAACUGCAAAUGGUGCUUAGUGAGCUAAUCAUUAAUCCACUUGAUCAAAAGUUAGAUAUGUGGUACACGGUUUGGGAAUGGUAUGAAGUACUUCCUCUAAAGGUAAUGACGCAGUUGUUGGAGAAGUCUUUCUUCCCGAAAUGGAUGCAGAUGCUAAUUAUAUGGCUUAAUCAAUCACCAAAUUAUAUUGAAGUGACUCGUUGGUACGCUGGCUGGAAGUCUAUGUUCCCAGCAGAAUUUCUAAACGAACCAAAUAUCAAAGACAUAUUCCGUCGUGCUCUUGAAGUAAUGCAUCGUGCAACAGAUAACACUGACAAGCUCACAUCGUUUGAGUCAAAAUCUGCACAACCGCCAGCACAAGCACCUCCUCCACCGGCUCUAAUGGACAUACAAAUAACAAAACCUAUACAGCUUGAGUUUAAACAGGUCGUUUCACAAAAGUGUGCAGAGCUUGGUAUCCUGUUUGCUCCACUACCUGGUAGACGCGAAUUAGGAAAACAGAUUUACCGCGUCGGAAAACUUUAUUGCUACAUUGAUCGAAACAUUUGUAUGAUCAGUGAAAAUACACAAAGCAGUUGGAGGCCUAUUGGGUUAAGUCAAAUGCUUGAUAGAGCCAUGACGGGCGUUAUCAAUUAGUCAACAAAUUUUAAGUGCAGAACCACAGUAAAAUUUUUUUUUAGUUUUAAAUGAAAUUUUUUACAUCAUUUUAAAUAUGAAAGUUUAAGCCACAAAGUUUUACUCUCAUUGUUGCUAUAACCAAAUUCGAUUUAUAAAAGAAACUUUUAAAAAAAACCAUAUGUUUU